AUGUCCGCAGGUGGAGACUUCGGGAAGCCGCUGAGGAAAUUCAAGCUCGUCUUCCUAGGGGAGCAAAGCGUUGGAAAAACAUCCUUGAUCACCAGAUUCAUGUAUGACAUCAUGUAUGACAGUUUUGACAACACCUAUCAGGCAACAAUUGGCAUUGACUUUUUAUCAAAAACAAUGUAUUUGGAGGAUCGAACAAUCAGGCUGCAGCUGUGGGAUACUGCGGGUCAGGAACGUUUCCGUAGCCUCAUUCCCAGUUACAUCUGCGAUUCUGCUGCAGCCGUAGUAGUUUACGAUAUCACAAAUGUUAACUCAUUCCAGCAAACUACAAAAUGGAUUGAUGAUGUCAGAACAGAAAGAGGAAGUGAUGUUAUCAUCAUGCUAGUAGGGAAUAAAACAGAUCUUGCUGAUAAGAGGCAAGUGUCAAUUGAGGAGGGAGAGAGGAAAGCCAAAGAGCUGAAUGUUAUGUUUAUUGAAACUAGUGCAAAAGCAGGAUACAAUGUAAAGCAGCUCUUCCGACGUGUUGCAGCAGCUUUGCCUGGAAUGGAAAGCACACAAGACAGAAGCAGAGAAGACAUGAUUGACAUAAAACUGGAAAAGCCUCAGGAGCAGCCCGUCAGUGAAGGAGGCUGUUCUUGCUAAUCCCUCAUGGCAUCUUCAACCCUUCUCCAGAAGCUCACUACUUUGGCCCUCUUACUCUUUCAUUGACUGCAGUGUGAAUAUUGGCUUGAACCUUUUCCCUUCAGUAAUAACGUAUUGCAGUUCAUCAUUGCUGCUUGUCUCAUGGAGAUGAUUUGUUAGCUUCACAAGCACAAAAAAAGUCAGUGUCUUCAUUUU